AUGGGCUCACUGACACGGCACGCCUUUAGCCCGCCUUCGCUCGGACAGCCAUUCAACGUGCUGGAGAAGAAUCAUGGGAAAUGCAAACUCUUCUCAAGACGAAAACUUCGGUACAUGCAGACAAGCAUACAAGCAAGAAAAGAAACGAGAAGAGAGAGAGAGAACGAGGGAAGCAGGACGAGGAACCAGAAGAGAGCAAAGGGAUAUCGUGACAUCACAUUCACUGUCGUGCUGACAGGGAUUCUUCAAUGUUGCUCCGAGAGUAGGGAGAAUACUCGCUUUAUCGGGUCACAGCCUGUCCAAGCAGCUUCUUCCUGCGGCAUCGGCGUUGGUCUGGACCCAGUCAUGAUAGCAGAGAGGAAAGGCGCGUGGGUGAUCGCUCUCGCCGAGGGAGGCUCCGCACAUGUGGAAGGCGGCUUGCGGAUCGGGGAUCAGAUAGUGAAGAUUGAUGACCUUGAUGUUCACAUGCUAAUGAAGAAUUCUGCGAAUGACAACGGCACUCAAUGCGCGUUUGCUUUGGCUAACGCUCUCCUCGGCGACUAUGGAACGCCCGUGAGAAUCGAAGUACUCCGGCAAGGAAAAGUGAUGCGAUGUGCGAUGCACAGGGCCCCUCUACCCAAACAGUGCAAGUGGAUCCGGACGUAG